UGUGUCCAGUCCAGUCCUCGUCUAACGCGUGGUGUGUGAGGUCGUGUGUACGUGUGUGCGCGGCGGUAUUGUGACUGGGUGUGCGUAUAUCUAGCUCCGUACACAUAACUUUACAUCCGUGUGCGUUUGUGUGUGUUCCAGUUUACCUGUGCGUGUGUGCGUUUACCUGUCUGAUGGCGCCGACGGAGAACAAGACGGUGGCGGUGGUUGGGGCAGGACUGGUCGGCACUCUGGAGGCCUGCAUGAUGGCGAAGCGAGGAUACGAGGUUCACCUGUAUGAGUACCGCCAAGACAUCCGCCAGCUGGAGCACGUGCCAGGGAGGAGCAUCAACUUGGCCAUGAGCGUGCGGGGUCGAACUGGGCUCCGGGCGGCGGGGGUCGAGGAGCAGGUCGUCCAGCGCCAUGGGAUCCCAAUGCGGGCCCGUAUGAUUCACGCCCUCGACGGCUCCACCAGGCCCAUACCUUACAACAGGGAGGGGAAGUGCAUCUUCUCCGUGGGCCGCCGCUUCGUCAACGAGGUGCUGUUGACGCGCGCCGAGGAGUUUCCGAACGUCACCAUCCACUUCAACCACAAGCUGGAGACGUGCGACCUUGAGAAGGGGGAGAUGACCUUCCUGAACACCGAGUCAGGGGAGAGAGUGACUCUUACGGCUGACCUCAUGAUAGGCUGUGACGGCGCCUACUCCAACGUGCGGAAACAGAUGCUCAAACGACCCCACUUCAACUACAAGCAAGAGUACAUCCCCCACGGCUACAUGGAGCUCUGCAUCCCCGCCACGGCCCAGGGGGAGUUCGCCAUGCCUCCCAAUUACCUGCACAUCUGGCCUCGCGGGAACUACAUGAUGAUCGCGCUCCCCAACCAGGACAAAAGCUGGACCGUCACUCUCUUCAUGCCCUUUGAGAUCUUCCACGGCCUCUCCACACCUGAGAAACUGGUUGACUUCUUCCAGACUAACUACCCGGACGCCAUUCCCCUCAUCGGCAAGGAUAAACUGAUCAAGGACUUCUUCAGCAACAAGCCUCUGCCUAUGAUAUCUGUCAAGUGCUCGCCGUACCACGUGGGGGAGCGGAGCCUCAUCAUGGGGGACGCAGCCCACGCCAUGGUCCCCUUCUACGGCCAGGGGAUGAACUGCGGCAUGGAGGACUGCGUGGUGCUGAACGAAAUCCUGGACCGCUGUGGGGAUGAGCUGGGGAAGGCGUUGCCCCUCUACUCCAAGACCCGCAACCCCGACGCAGAGGCCAUCGUGGACUUGGCCAUGUACAACUAUGUGGAGAUGCGUGACCUGGUAAACUCCCCGCUGUUCCUGGCACGCAAGAAACUGGACGACUUUCUGAACAUCGUGCUGGGUAGGCGCUGGCAGCCCCUCUACUCCAUGGUGACCUUCUCUCGCACGCCCUACAGCGCCUGCAUCGCCAAUAAGGGAUGGCAGGACAAGGUCAUAGGACGCGUCAGCCGUGUGGUGGCCGUGGCCUGCAUCGCGGCUAUGGUCAGGCUGGCUCUGCAGGCCGCGAGUGAGCCUGCAACCCACCAGGCAGGCCGCGCAGCCCUCCUCUGGGUGACGGAGGCCGCUGGCAGGCUGACUGGGGCGUGGAGGAGUUGAAGGGAGUGGAAGGUGUGGGGGAGUAGGAGUGGGGUGAGGUAAGGGGGAAAGGGAAGGAAGAGAGGGAAAGAGGGAAGAACGAUGAGGGGAAGGAAGGAAGGAAAGAUGAAUGGUUGGAUUGAAGGAACGGAGGGAGGAAGGAAGAAAAAGGAAAGGAGGUGGAGGAGGGGAAGGGACGCACAUCACACUUACACCCCAUUCCUACAUUAUGCUCUCUCUCUCUCUCUCUCUCUCUCUCUCUCUCUCUCUCUCUCUCUCAAGGUAAACGUCCACAUACAGGUUAAAAUUAAUUAGCACACUUUUACACAUUGUCAGGUACAUUAUUAUUAUUAUUAUUAUUAUUAUUAUUAUUAUUAUUAUUAUUAUUAUUAUUAUUAUUAUUAUUAUUAUUAUUAUUAUUAUUAUUAUUAUUAUUAUUAUUAUUAUUAUUAUUAUUAUUAUUAUUAUUAUUAUUAUUAUUAUUAUUAUUAUUAUUAUUAUAAUCUGAAGAAGUUACAACAGGAGAAUGAUACAUACAUACAUACAUACGUACAUACAUACAUACAUACAUUUAUACAUACAUGCAACAAGUACAUGAAAGGAAAGGUGUGUGUGUGUGUGUGUGUGUGUGUGUGUGUGUGUGUGUGUGUGUGUGUGUGUGUGUGUGUGUGUGUGUGUUUCAAGCUGUAUGUGUUGAGGAAUGAGAGAAAGAGGAAAAGAUAUUAUCAUUGUCAUUAUUUUUAUCACUGUUAUUGUCAUCACCAGGUAUUGUUUUCAUUAAGUGAAACAAUUUUGACGUAUUUAAAAAAAAGCUGAUCUUUUUAAAUGUUAUUUUUUGUGUUGUUUUCUAAGUAAAGUUUUUACUAACUAU